GGUUUCAGCAGUCUGGUCCAGAUCCUCCGCUCCUCCUCAGCUCAACACACACAUCCAUUGUACACAAACGGGCAGGCGGCUCACGCAUACACGCGCACUCACUCACUCCACACAUACACACACACACAUACGCACACACAUACGCACACACGCUCAGCAUCGAUCGUGGCUCCUUUAAGAAAGCCUAAGCCAGAAUUAUCACCCCACCUCCUCUUGAUCUCCUCUAGACGCUUUUGCAUAAGAAAAUCAAGCCGGGAGCCGAGAGUGAUCAAAGAAAACGAGAGGAGAGCUGCUUCAUUUUUUAACUGUGAUUGUGACCAUUAACAUUUAGGUGGUGCCGAUCCCGUGGAGACGCGCGUCGGACCAUCAUUCAUCCGGUACUUUUGACAAGCCCUCGCGUUUUGACUGACAGGCGGAGUGGCAAAAAGCCAUGAGAGUCGCCAGUUCUGUUUGAGGGGCUAUUUUAUUUUCACCCUGGUUUUUGGGAAAAGGAGUCUGGCGCCGCUGCCCCGAGGAUAAAGCCGAGGACCUAUUCACCGCGCCUGGGCUAAACUUGCGCAGAGAGCGGGGGCUGGCUUCACCGUUCCGUGGAAAGAAAAAAACACUCAGGCAUACGGGAUUUUGGCUGAAACAUCUUCCCAUUUAUUUGGAUUUUCUUUCUUCAUUUCGUCUCCACCCUGGCCUCAGAGGGGAUUUAUCUAAACUGAAAGGACGACCAGGGAGUGAGGAGGGUUAUGGCGCAACGGUACGAAGACUUGCCCCACUACGCGAUGGACGGGGUGGGCAUCCCGACCACCAUGUACGGAGACCCGCACGGCGCCCGGUCCAUGCAGGCGGUGCACCUCAACCACGGGCCCCAGCUGCACUCUCACCAGUACCCGCACACCGCCCACACCAACACCAUGCCUCCCAGCAUGGGCUCCUCCGUUAACGACGCUCUCAAGAGAGAUAAAGACGCUAUAUACGGGCACCCCCUGUUCCCCUUGCUUGCACUGAUUUUUGAGAAAUGUGAAUUAGCGACUUGCACCCCCAGAGAGCCCGGGGUGGCGGGAGGAGACGUCUGUUCAUCGGAAUCUUUCAAUGAAGACAUAGCAGUGUUUGCAAAACAGAUUCGGGCAGAAAAGCCUUUAUUUUCAUCGAAUCCAGAAUUGGAUAAUCUGAUGAUUCAAGCCAUUCAAGUUUUACGAUUUCAUCUUCUGGAGCUGGAGAAGGUACACGAGCUGUGUGAUAAUUUCUGUCACCGGUACAUCAGCUGCUUGAAAGGCAAGAUGCCCAUCGACUUGGUCAUAGACGACAGAGAGGGCGGGUCCAAAUCAGACAGCGAGGAAAUCACAAGAUCUUCAGUGGCCCUUGAUCAGACGUCCUGGAACAGAGAUCAUGACGACACAGCGUCCACACGCUCUGGAGGAACACCGGGACCGUCCAGUGGCGGACACACAUCACACAGCGGCGACAACAGCAGCGAACAGGGUGAUGGCCUGGACAACAGCGUGGCUUCACCAAGCACAGGGGAUGACGAUGACCCGGAUAAGGAAAAGAAACGCAACAAGAAGAGAGGGAUCUUCCCUAAGGUGGCCACCAACAUCAUGAGAGCAUGGCUCUUCCAGCACCUAACACAUCCCUACCCGUCAGAAGAACAGAAGAAACAGCUGGCGCAAGACACAGGCCUCACCAUCCUACAAGUGAACAACUGGUUCAUUAACGCGAGGAGGAGAAUAGUCCAGCCCAUGAUCGACCAGUCAAACCGUGCAGUAAGUCAAGGAGCUCCCUACAAUCCAGAUGGCCAGCCGAUGGGGGGCUUCGUCAUGGACGGCCAGCAGCACAUGGGAAUCAGACCACCUGGACCAAUGGGUGGAAUGGGCAUGAACAUGGGCAUGGAAGGUCAGUGGCACUACAUGUAGCCCCGCCCCAGUCCGACCAAUCGCAACACAAAGGGGGAUAACUGCAGGGCAAACCAGGGCACCACCUGUCUCACAGAGGCCUACAGAGAAUGGGAAUGGGACUCCCUGACUCCCUGACAACAGCAUCAACCAACAGCAACCCCUCUGUCGACCUAAAAGACCCAACAACAUUUUAUUCGGCUCAUAUCUGCAACAUGGAAACCUUCCAUGACUGCCUACAAAUCCUUGUCUAUGUAUCCAGCGAUGGUGAUGCACAGAAGAUCAAACCUCAUCCAACCCAGAUGACCCCCUUGUCCCGGCAGACCCCCUGCUUCUUCUCUGGUGGGCACUAGACUUUGCCCCCCUUGCUGCCCACUAGUUUCACAUGGAUUCCUCCAUUGAAAGUGAUUGCGAUUGCGAGAACAGAUGACAUACGAGAGACACACUGGGUCCUCUGCCUGUACCUUCGGCAAAUGUGGCACUUGGUGAUAUUUUCUAGACUCUUUGGCAAACAUAAGAGACUUCCUGCGAAGAGCACUCCACUCUUUGGGACGAUGGAAUUGGACCAAGGAGAAGCCAAUGUCUGUAUCUGACAGGACACUAACAAAGCAAAAGAGGUGCCCUUUAAAAAAUAUAGUGGAUUGAAACAUGGAGAGAGGGAAAGCAAGAGAAAAGAAAUUAAAAGUAUAACUAUAUCAAACCCUAGUUUGGGAAGCGAGUGGAGAAAGAAAAUAUACUGUAUACUGUUGUAAAAUUACGCUGGACUCUCACAAGAACUGGGAAUUUAAGUAUUGUAAAUGCUAUUGUAUUGUUCUGCAUAUUAUGUUGUUUCUAAUAGAUUUUUUAAAAAAAAGGAUGUGAACUUUUUUCUGUUUUUUUUUUUCUGGUUUCUUUCCACACUAUGUGUGUGCCGUCUCCAUCAAAUUUGACCUCCUGCCCCUUCCCUCCAUUAAAUCACGAUGCAUUUUUAAAAGAUAAAAAAAGUGAAUAAACGGACAAUUCGAUCAGUC